GCCGUGUAUAUAAGUCUUCGCGACAGCAGGGGAUCCCAUCUGCCUUAAUUAUUCGGGGAAGCAAGCACAGGGGGAGGAACAACAAUUGAAACAAGAAACAAACAAAAUGAGGCUGCUUUUGUUGUCGGUGUUGAUGUUGAACAUAUGUGGAGCUGUCGCAGAUGAUGACGAGGGAUUUUCGAUGUGGGGUUCGCCAUUGUCACAGAAAGGUGGAGGCGACAGCGGAGAGGUGGCGGGCGGGUUCGGUUACCAAGGGAACAUGUACUACGGCACUGGUCAAACCGGCCAAUCAGGAAACUACCAGGGUUACCCUGUCAAUUACGGAAACCCGCUUAUUCAAGGUUACCCUGCUAACUAUGGGAACGUAGGUAACCAAGGUUACCCCAUGUACCCCGGGUCAUCAGGAGGGCGGUCAAGCCAGGAGAUGGGCGGGGUACAGGGUAACUGGUACCCGGGCGUGCACCCCACCAACACUUUCGUCUCGGGUGGCGUGUCCCCCAACUUGUACCAGUACACGAAUCAGAGGACUGGCAGCUUCAUGUCCGGCGGAGACAGCUCCGUGGAGCAGCCAGCUGUCGUCUACCCGCUACCCACCCGGUCUUCUAGCGAGGAACACCAUGUAUCGCCGGUCGGUGACUACUAUGACUAUAGUGACGAACAUGUGCCCUCUACUGCAUCUACUGGUGGAGACUCGUAUGACAGCGGGGAAAACGUCCACUCGACUGCAACAACAGGAAGUGAUUCUGACGACAGCGAGGAACAAGUGCCUGUUUCUGUAACAACAGGGGGAGACUCCGGCGAUAGCGGGGAACAUGUACCUUCACCAACAAUCGGAGUAAUGGGAGGCGACUCUGGAGACAGUGGAGAAAAUCAAGUCCGAGUUAUCUACCCUGGGGAGACAGUUGUCGUUGGUGACGGUGAUAACUCUGCCGAGACUGUCCUCGGCGGCGGAAUCAAUCUGACCCCAUCAGACUGCCAGGAACUCCUGGAGAUUGUAGCCGUUGUCGACGGCUCGGACAGCAUCUCCACCAUCGACUUCCAGACUCUGAAGCAUACUCUCCUUUCAAUGGUCGACCAGCUGAACAUCAACGACAACAAUCAACGUUUCGGUGUCGUCCUCUACAGCACUAACAUCUCCGCCGUCAUUAACCUCAGCGGGGACAGGGCCUAUCUGAGACGUCAGAUUAGUCAGUUAGACCAUCCCCGUGACGGCACAAACACCGCUGACGGCAUCAGCGCCAUGAACAUCAUGUUACAGCGGUAUGCGCGCCCUGGCGUCCCCAAGGUGGCAGUAGUCAUCACCGACGGGAUGUCGAAGAACCCUGGCGCCACCGCCCAGGCAGCCAGAGUGUCCAAGCUGCUUGGAGUCAACAUGUUUGCUGUGGGGGUAGGAUUGAGCACAGAUAUCAUGGAACUUCAGUCCAUCGCUUCCGGUUCAGAUCACGUGCUGACGGUAGCUCAGUUCCAGCAACUGGACGGGCUAAUGAGCCAGUUGUUCAAGCGAGUGUGUCCAGUUCAAGGAGGGUGGACCCACUGGGCCGAUUCGUACGGCGCAUGCUCAGUGUUUUGUGGGGGUGGGUUACAGGUCAUCACGCGCACCAGAACGUGCACCAACCCUUCCCCUGCAAAUGGCGGCUUGUACUGCGUCGGUGACGCCUUGGUGACCCUGACAGUCGAAUGCAACACGCACGGGUGUCCAGUUGACGGAGGCUGGAGUCUGUGGACGGACACUGUAGCUCAGUGUUCUGUGACCUGUGGUGGAGGAUCUCAACUUGUGACUAGAACCAGAACCUGUACAAACCCCGCCCCUGCCUAUAACGGCCAGUACUGUGUUGGAGAUGACAGAACUACAUUCACACAAGCGUGUAACACCCAGGGAUGCCCAGUUGACGGAGGUUGGAGUCUGUGGACGGACACUGUAGCUCUGUGUUCUGUGUCCUGUGGUGGAGGAUCUCAACUUGUGACUAGAACCAGAACCUGUACAAACCCCGCCCCUGCCUAUAACGGCCAGUACUGUGUUGGAGAUGACAGAACUACAUUCACACAAGCGUGUAACACCCAGGGGUGCCCAGUUGACGGAGGUUGGAGUCUGUGGACGGACACUGUAGCUCUGUGUUCUGUGUCCUGUGGUGGAGGAUCUCAACUUGUGACUAGAACCAGAACCUGCACAAACCCCGCCCCUGCCUAUAACGGCCAGUACUGUGUUGGAGAUGACAGAGCUACAUUCACACAAGCGUGUAACACCCAGGGAUGCCCAGUUGACGGAGGCUGGAGUCUGUGGACGGACACUGUAGCUCAGUGUUCUGUGUCCUGUGGUGGAGGAUCUCAACUUGUGACUAGAACCAGAACCUGCACAAACCCCGCCCCUGCCUAUUACGGCCAGUACUGUGUUGGAGAUGACAGAACUACAUUCACACAAGCGUGUAACACCCAGGGAUGCCCAGUUGACGGAGGUUGGAGUAUGUGGACGGACACUGUAGCUCAGUGUUCUGUGUCCUGUGGUGGAGGAACUCAAAUUGUAACUAGAUCCAGAACCUGCACAAACCCCGCCCCUGCCUAUAACGGCCAGUACUGUGUUGGAGAUGACAGAACUACAUUCACACAAGCAUGUAACACCCAGGGUUGCCCAGUUGACGGAGGUUGGAGCCUGUGGACGGACACUGAAUCUGAGUGUUCUGUGUCCUGUGGUGGAGGAACUCUAGUUGUCACCAGCACCAGAACCUGCACAAACCCCGCUCCUGCCUUUAAUGGACAAUACUGUGUUGGGGAUGACAGAACUACAUCCACUAAGGCGUGCAACACACAUGGAUGCCCAGUUGACGGAGGAUGGAGUCUGUGGACGGACACUGUAGCUCAGUGUUCUGUGACCUGUGGUGGAGGAUCUCAACUUGUGACUAGAACCAGAACCUGCACAAACCCCGCCCCUGCCUAUAACGGCCAGUACUGUGUUGGAGAUGACAGAACUACAUUCACACAAGCGUGUAACACCCAGGGAUGCCCAGUUGACGGAGGUUGGAGUCUGUGGACGGAUACUGAAUCUGAAUGUUCUGUGUCCUGUGGUGGAGGAACUCUAGUUGUCACCAGCACCAGAACCUGCACAAACCCCGCUCCUGCCUUUAACGGACAAUACUGUGUUGGAGAUGACAGAACUACAUCCACUAAGGCAUGCAACACACAUGGAUGCCCAGUUGACGGAGGUUGGAGUCUGUGGACGGACACUGUAGCUCAGUGUUCUGUGUCCUGUGGUGGAGGAACUCAACUUGUGACUAGAACCAGAACCUGCACAAACCCCGCCCCUGCCUAUAACGGCCAGUACUGUGUUGGAGAUGACAGAACUACAUUCACACAAGCGUGUAACACCCAGGGAUGCCCAGUUGACGGAGGUUGGAGCGAGUGGACGGACGAUGUAGCUCAGUGUUCUGUGUCCUGUGGUGGAGGAUCUCAACUUGUGACCAGAACCAGAACCUGCACAAACCCCGCCCCUGCCUAUAACGGACAAUACUGUGUUGGAGAUGCCAGAACUACAUUCACACAAUCAUGUAACACCCAGGGAUGCCCAGUGGACGGUGCCUGGACGGAGUGGACGGAAGCAGCAGGUGCUUGUUCGCUGACCUGUGGCGGUGGAAGUCAGACAGUCGUGAGGAUGAGAAGCUGCACCAACCCCGCCCCUAGCUCCGGGGGCAGCGACUGUGUGGGAGAACCCAGGGAGAUCGUCACUCGUGCGUGCAACACACAGCAAUGCCCAGUGACGACUACAGAGAAGCCAGAUCUGGGCCUUUGCAACGACUGCAAGAUGGACAACGGCAUCGGCUACAACCCCCACCCCAGCGACUGCAACAAGUACAUUCAGUGCAUGUUCGACAACAACCAACUGAUCAAGGUGGAGGAGAUGGAAUGUCCUCAUGGCUUGUACUGGGACCAGGACAAGCUGACCUGCAACAGGCCCGAGGAGGUCAACUGUCCAGCUGAGCGGUGCAACGACCCCAUGACGACGACCUACCCCAGCGCCACGACCUGCAGCGGAUACUGGCAGUGUGUUGGGGGCGUGUCCAAAGGCAGGUGUUGCCCUGCGGGUCAGGCCUACAGCAUCGCCGGCUACUGCGUCCCAAGCACCACGUGCACUACUCCUUGCAAGGGGGAUGGUGGUCAGGGUGCCUGCGACAAGCGACCGAUAUCAGGGGACAGAACUCGAUUCCAACAGUUCGUUAAAGGUCACGGAUGGAUCACCAUGACCUGUGCUCCCGGAAGUAGUUAUAACUCUACUGAAUGCAGGUGCUCUAUACAGGGCGGGGUCGUUGCUCCUGACACUUGCAAACCGGACGUGUACCUAUCAUUCAUCGACGACGUUGGCGACAAGUCCGACAGCGGCGUCUACAUUCAGAACGACGGCGUGAAGGUGAAGAACGGCGUGGGGUACUUUGACGGAAAGAGUGGCCUACGGAUCCCCAGGUUCGCCAAUGCGGAGCUAGGCAGCACUGUGUACAUCAGAAUCAGAUACCGAGGUGAAGGUUCCGCCACCAGGAAACAGGCGCUGCUGUCUAAUGGCGACUGCGGCAAGGACGCCUCCAUCUCCGUUGCCAGGGGACCGGCAUCAACGUAUUUCGGUGUCCGCUCUGGGGCUGGCAAGUCUGCCAGCGUGUCCGUGAGCAGCUCGACCAAUGGUUGGAACGAGGCUUUCUUUAAGCUGGACGCUGGGAUGCUGAGCGGCAGCGUGGGUUCUUCGGCCAAACAAACAGCCUUCCUGGGCAAUAUCCAGAGAGCCAACUGCGCCUUGCAGAUCGGAAGAGGAACAAAUUUUGCCAAUUUCCGUGGAUACAUAGACAAUGUGACCAUCUACCUGUGUCGGCCCUGACCGCCUGAAGACGUACACUCCACUCUGAUCACAUCUUUGAAUUCCAUUCUCCCGUUUCUAGUCAAUGUAGGAUAGUUCUAGUUGGAACGUUAGGUGUACAUAGGGAUGCUGUACUACAUACUGUUUUAUAUAAAUAUCUGUCUCUUAUUUAUUUCAAGACGCUAAUAUUUAUUGUGCAGUGAAGAGUAGUAAAUUACUGUGAAGACAAACUACCGAUGUGGUCUACCUGUAGAGGCCUGUCUCCCCACCGUCUUCUCGAGACACUCCACCUGUCCAGUGUAUGUAUAUGUUCCUGUAUAUAGGUUGGCUUUAGAACACACAGCCAUAUUUUUUAAGAAUGAAUUGUCUUUAUCUCCGGUCAUGCAUAUUUCGUAUAUUUUCGUCUUGUUUGGUUUAGUGAGAACCUGACAGGGAAGAGAUCGUGUGUUGCUAUAGCAACCACUGCGUGCAGGUUCACCGUUGUGUGUACAGUUUCUUACUUUUUAUAUCCUGCUGUCGGCACAAAAACAGUUUUGUUUUUGGAAUCAGAUACUAUAAAGUCAUGUUGCAAAUA